AUGUUACCUGAACUGGUUUCCUUAGUGGACAGUAUGCGUAAGGAGGAUACGAAGCGUUCUACUGAGUUCGCAAGGAAUACUUUGACUACUACAAAGUCUGCUUUAGUUGUUACUGUUACUGCAGCUGUUGUAGAUUUACUGCUGUCGUUGUUCCUGCUGCCGUUGUUGCUGUUGUCGUUGUUGUUGUAUUUGCUCUUGUACCUAUUGUUACUGUUGCUGCUGCUGCUGUUGCUGCUGCUGCUACUGGUUAUUGCUGUCGUUGUUCCUGCUGCUGCUGCUGCUGCUGCUGCUGCUGCUGCUACUGCUAUUACCAAUAGCAUCAAUAAUAACGACAACAACAGCAGCGGUAGCAACAACAACUACUACUACCGCAACAACAACAACUACAGAAGCAACAACACCAGCAAGAUCAAUAACAGCAAUAACAACGACAUCUAA